GAAAGAAGAACAGAGACCCAGUUGCUCUGAGAUUCAGACGGAGGUGGAUGAAGAAAGACGUUUCUGCUUGCAGGCAUAAUCACAGCCCAGGAAGCAUCAUUUUACUGCUGCAGGCAAUACCCAAGAAGAGUUGAACUUCUGAUGAAGAAUAGCUCUGCCAAGCACUGAAUAUUACCCAAUAAGAGACAAAAUGCUAAAAACAACUCUACCACCACCUUGUCUCCAACCUCAGUCCAACCAUCCAGGCCCCAGCAGAGUUGACCCAAAUCCUCACAUUAUUAAAAACUCCAAGGCUGACCCUGCAGAAGGCAAAAGCUAUUUGGCAAGGCUGCAAGGAACGGGAAAUGAUAGUAGCCAUGGAGAGCAGGAAAAGAAAGAGUCAGCCAGAGAAAACCUCCAGAAGGAACCUUGGAGAGCCAAUGGGAAUGUCCUCCCCCACAAAAGCAAUGACAACAGGCUGUUGUCCAAUGAGAAAGGAGACUCUCUGUGGCCUGUUUCUGAUGGGAUGGAUUCUGGGAUUAACAGGAACGAUCAAAAUCAAGAAUGGAAAGUGGUGAAAGUGAAACGAGUUCUGCUUUCUCCAGCUGAUGAACCUAAGAAAGCGAAUAUCUCAAGAAGUGCAAGCUUGUCUGAAGCAGAGCUGAAGGAAGCAAAAGAGAGGAGCCAAAGAAUUGUUGCUCAGUUGACCAAUCCACCAAGUUCCAAUUCCAAAGGAGUCCUGCUGUUUCACAGACGCAAGCAGCGAGUGAAUGCAUUCACCUUAGGAGCCCCAAAGCCAACCAACCCAGAACGAGGAGCUGUGGAGAAAGACCCCAAAGCUAUCACUCACCCUUGCACUCUGAGCCAUGGGGAAGAAUCACAUCUGAAGCAGACUCCGAAACCAAACAAGGAGCUGAACGCUUCAUUCUGCCUCAAUAGUUUUGGACGCUGGGGGCAAAAAGUCACCAUGGAAAAAUACGAGGAGGAGCUGGGUGUGGAACAUCCCCUAGAUAAUGCACAGGGCCUUCUGUGGAAUAAGGAAAAGAGUGAGACGAUUCUUUAUUCAACAAACCCAACAUCCUCUAAAGAUAUUCCAGAGGAAGAAUUUCAGCAGAUCCCACUCAGUGUAUACCUUAAAGAAAACACAGGGACAACUUCAACCAACGGAAUACAUGAACCUCUCACUGAGUUUGGAAAAAUGUCUGUGGUUGAGCAAGGACCAAUUAUGGGCAAUACAGAAAACAUCCCAGCUAAGACUGAGGAUGAGGCUACCCCUAACAUUGAGAAAAAAGAUACCGUUCUUGAAAAAGAACUGUAUCUUCUGCAUAUGGAUCAGGAAAAUAAUAUUCUCGAUAAAGACCUGUAUCUACCCAUAGGUAGGGAGAAAAACAACAAUAUCCCUGACAAAGAUCUGUACACAGCUGUCAUUGAUAGGGAGAAUAAUAUUGUCCUCAACAAGACACCGAGUGAACCAGUCAUUAACAGAAAGGAAAAUGGAGAGCUGCCCUACAUGGAACAGGAUGAGUUGGUCACUGAAAUCGAGAACAUUUUUCCCACUGCUGACACCGAAAAAGCCACCGAUGUAUGUUCUAAUGAAACCAGCUCACAAAAUCAUAGGCAAUAUUGUGAAGUGCGCCUGACUUUGUCUAAGCCCCAACCAGUGAAGAACCGAACUGCAAGACCUUUUGGCACUCAGUCACUAGCUAAAAUCCUCUCACCAGCAGAGAAGAGCCCAGUGGCAGAGAUUCCUCCACCACCCACCUAUGCAGAAGCAUUUUCCAGCCCUCCUCCGGUGACUAGGGUCAGGUCACCACCAGCUUACUCAGCACUGUAUCCUGGUCAAGAGCAGAAAAUCCUGGUUUCACCUGAAACCAGGUCCAAAGACAGCAGCCCAGGACCUCAAUUCAGAGAGGACAAAGCACCACCUCCAGAUAAAACAGGUAUUCUGGAGGAAUCUGCAGCCCGCAGAACACCUAAGAAGUCCAUGUUCACCUUUGUUGAGAAGCCAAAAAUGGGUCCUAAUCCAGAUCUUUUGAAUUUAGUACAGACAUCAGAUAAUAAAAAGAAACAGAAAGGACAAGGAGGAGCAUUUCCUGAAGAUGAAUCAUUUGCAUUGGGUGCAGAUGCCUCUAACUUUCUAACUGAAGAUAGAUCAUUGCGUGGACCCACUCAGUCCCUUGGAGAUCCCCCACCAGAGUGGUCUUCAUGUUUAAGAUCACCAAAAAUACAACCUAAACCUAAAAUAAGCUCCAACCAAAGCCUAUCAGAGGCAAAAGGAAAGGGGGCAGAACUGUUUGCCAAGAGGCAAUCAAGAAUGCAGAAGUACGUCAUUGAAGCCCCGUCACAUCCAGAUAUAACAAGAUCACCUUCACCUACUAUGUCUCUUCCUCCAUCCUGGAAGUAUACUUCAGAAACUCAUCUCUCCCCUGUGGCAUUCCAACCUGCACUCAGAAGUCCAUCAAGAUCUCCAAAAGGUCCCCCUGUAUCUUUCUACAACAGCAAUUUGACAGAAAGCGAGCUCUCCAAAAAGGAGCUGGAAAUCUCCAAGCAACAGCCUUACCAGCUUCAGUCACCCAUGUUUGUUCGUUCCCCAGUCAAAGAGCCCAUGAGAUCUGUAGUCCCUGAAAGGGGUUAUGUGAGACAGGCUUCUUCCUCUACUUCGCCCUUGGCACCUUCUCCUCUGUUGUACCCACCUGUCCAGUCCAGCCCAAGCAGAACAUUGCCUGGCCUCUUUGCUCCGUUACCUGGAAACGUGUUUCCAUCACAGAAGAUCAGAGCAAAUGCUGAAAUAUCACCAGAAGCAUCUUUUGAAUACUCUUCUAAAAUUUUGUCUCCAAGAGCUAAAGGAGUAUUCCAAGCUCCAAGACCAUCUUACUCCACCAAGAAUGCAGGGAUUGAGCCUCAGGAAAGAAAAACAUCCCUGCCUGCCUCCCCAACAUGGACUCCACAGCUGAUAAGGCGACCGUCCGGCAGCAUAGAGGGCUGGAUGAGCCCAGCCCAAACUCCCGAAUCUGAGGAUGGACAUGUCGAAGCCUUUCGAGCAGCCCAUGUUAUGACUCCACCUCCUCCCAUGUCUCCAUCCUGGAGUGAAAGGUCUCUGUCACCAUUUCGACAGGAGAUUGACCAAAAGUCCAGCCGACAGAUGCAGGUGCUGUUGGCAAGAAAUAUCAUAAAUGCUGCCCGGAGGAAGAGCUCUUCUCCCAAACUCACCAGAGUAGAAAACUUCAGGCCCUUCACGCCCCCUGUCACUUGCCCCAAUGUGUCAUCCACUGGUGGAAGCCCUAAGAACAGGAGUACUCAUUCUCCGAGCCCAAUUCAGUCACCCAAGCCGACAGGAAUGGAUGGCUACAGACGUGUCUCCCUCCCUGUCUCAGCUGCCCCACCACAGGCUAGUGCAUCAUCAAACAACAGCCCCAGGUUGCUAGGCAUGAAAUCUCCAAGCCCACUACAGUCACCAAAAGCAGGGAGGAUGAAUGGAAACAAAUGCUUCACGCUGCCUCCUAGAACUGGAGCAUCCCAGUUCAUUGUCUCAACAAACCGUAAUGGGCCAAGUAUAAUGGGCACUCAUUCUGAAUCACACAAGGAUCCGGAGCCGCUUCAAAAACCCACAAUUGUGGAUAGCCGUAAGGCCUUCACAUUGCCAGCAAACACCAGUGGGAUGUCAUAUACUAGUCCAAAAAACCUGGAUGUUUCUUCUCCCACUCUCCAAAGUCCGAUGAUGACAACAUGGUCCCCAGUGAAGCGCUCCACUUCCAUGUCCCCCACCAACUCAGAGGCAUCCGUGGACUCUGACUGCUCUGGGGUCAAGUCACCUAGCAUCCGCAGCUUCAAUAUUUGCCCACGAGGCUGGAAUGGCAGCCUGAGACUGAAACGGGGUAGCCUCCCAUCAGAAGCAUCCUGUACCUCUUAAACAUGGGCCAAGAGAUGUGAACCAAAAAAAAAAAAAGGUUGUGAAAACUGUUGCCAAAGUAUUUGUGCAGGUUCAUACAUGCAUAAUCCUGCCAACCUAGUUAAAUUUUAGGAGGAAGACGUUCAUCUGCGAAGAUGUGUAACACCUUCUCUCCAAGUUUGCCACUUCCUGGGGACUUUGAAGAAGAGAAUUUAUGAGAAACAUUUCUCAUACAAAGGAGAAGUGUGUUUCAGCUUCUAUUCCUGCAGGGCAUCCAUUUCCACAGGAUCUUUGUUCGCUUCCUCCUCCCUCUCUCUCUCUUGGGAGACAUGCUUGACUUUCCCAAGUUUUGCUUUCUCUUUCUCAGCUGGACUGGAGACACGAUGAUUUCUUUGCUUGGGGAAGGUUAAGGCGCAUCUGACUGCUUUUGUUCCCUCUGAGAAAUAUCCUGCAGGAGGACACAGAGCCCAUGAUAGAAUCCUUGAUGACUCUUAAUGAGGGGACAGUAGGAGAGGAAAGCCAGCCUUAAGUCCAUGAUUCACAUACAACAAUUAAGUCCAUGUUUCACAUAAACAAUUGCCAUUGAUUUAGCUCUACUUUGAUGGAGCUACUCUUCAGUUGGCUUCCAUUCCAACAUCCUGAGGGAAGAAGAAGAAGAAACCAGGGGGGAAAAUUAUGAGCCAGAAGCCCAUUCAGAAGUUGUUGUUGGUGCUUCAUCUGCACAGCAUAAUUUUCCUCCAAGCAUAAAGAUUGACUUUAUAUAAACCAAAUGAAAUGAAAGAAGGUUGUUUUAAAGCCUUUUUGUUCUCUGGACUAUUGGAGCUGAAUUACAAGAGGACGAAGGACCGAUUCAAACUACAAUCCAAGCACUCCUGCAUCCACAUUAGAAGAUACCACGUAGGAACAUGAAAUGUAGGAACUUCGAAGCUUUCUGGAAAUGCCACCAAAGCCAGCCAGUCUGGGAUUGUGACAGUAAGGAUCCACAUGGGUUUCCAGUUAACAUGCAGCAAUGGAGGCCUGUUCCCAGAGUGUACCCAAAUGAUCUCAGCACUCUUGCCAUGAUUUCAGGACUGAAUGCCCAGUGAACAAUGGUUUUGGUACUGCCAGUCACCAGGAGAGAGGUCUUCUGAUCUCUUCUAUUGCUUUCUAGUUUACCAGAUAUCUGGGAGGCAAAGCUAUCCAAGAUGUCCCUCUGGGGAGGAGAUUCACAACAUGUCUUGGUUAGUAAGCCCCAAAUAAUGCCUCUUCUGCCAACUCUUCUUUCAGCACCUGGAGGAAGCUGCCUUCAGGUGCUUUUUGCAUAACGGUUGGAAACAACAGAUGGAGAAGUGAGCUUCACCUCUACAAGGAUCAGGAGCAAUAUCCCGGCAAAGUUAGUUAUAUCCAACAGUAGGGAAGCUCCACAAAGCUGUUCCCUAACACAGCCACCUAUCAGAAACUUCAUUGGUCACUUGUAUUUUCUCAGUCCCUAGACAUACAGGUCAGAACACAAAGGCUGAAGUAGUAUCCCUACUCAGGUGGGACAGAUUUGCAUUCAGAAUAACAUUCCACACUAGGAAAGGAAAAGUGAGGAGCUGUUAUCUAAAACACACACAGGUACCAAGAUAUACAUAAGCCAGGCAGGUGGAUGAUUCUAUAUGGAUUAACUAUCUCAGGUCCCUAUCCUUGCAAUCUACCAAGAAGGACUGCCUAUCAGAGUAAAUAGCAGACAAACCCAAUAGGCUAAAUUCCCUUCCAAUUUUCCUCUUUGCUAUAUCCUCCAGUACUGUGCCUCGUAGCAACAUCUACAAGGCAUAGUACUGUGUCUGGGAGCAGCAUCUAUCUAUUUGCACCAUCUGUAUGACCCGACGAAACUUCUGAUCUACCUCUGCUGAGCAGCAAAGAAAAACACACCUUAGAUCAUCAUUGCCUUUAUUGUUCGGCAUCCAGAAUGAAGGACUUCCUAAAGUGUAAGGCAUGCAUAUACAUGCACGUUUCUUUUUUCAGACUUACAAUCAAUCUCUAUAACUGGCUUCAUUCAUUACUUUCAGCCACAAAGCAGUGUCUGUGGUUGAUGUGUGAGCCCAGUUUGAGUGUACAGUAACUUAUUCUAUGCUGCACCUUGCCAUAAUCCUGCAGAGUAGAAGCGUCCAUCCUUCUGUGGAUGGAAGUGGCUGGGGAAAUAGAUCUCUUCCCAUUGAACAAUUGAAUAAUUUGGACAAGUGAAGAGAAAAGGCGGAGGAGAGAAUAGUUCAGAUAGAUUUCACCCAUGGUUGUCCCAUGCUUAUCCUGCCUUCUCCAGUCAUAGGAAUAGAAUCGGAGGCUGGUCUGCAGUAUUUGUGUCCAUGGUCUCAGAUGGAGUUAACUACAAGAAUUCCAGGCAAUGUGUUCUGUGAUCUGGAGUCUAGCCAAUGUGAGUAAAGUGAGCCUUGUGUGUGCAAAAUGUCCUCCUCCCAUGGUUUCUCCUUACCUCUCAGUUCUGGCCCCCUAUGUCUUGCCCAUUUUCUCUCUUGCUUCUCUGCUGUGUGAUAGGGUGUCAUCUAGCUAAUACAUCAGCUGGCCUUGGCAAAGACCAGGUCGUAUCAGGUGUUUCCCUACUUGCCCUUGAUUCAGCAGUCGCCCUCUAUUUUUAGCCUGUAACCUUUAAAGAUGAAAAACAUUUAUUUGAUAUUAAUUCAAACUGAGCCAGAAAUGAAUAAUCGGGGCCACCCCCAUCUUUGUUUUCUUCUGAUCAUGCAUAGCUUAUGUAGGAGAUCAGAUGGAGGAGGCUCCAAGCUGUGGGUACCUUGGAAACAUACCAGGAUAAAUUCAGACAAGUUUACCGAAUAGCCCUUAUAUUGUAUCUGCUUCAGCAGUAUAAGUUCUCCACAGGAACAUUUUGACGUUUUUCCUUUUAGGGGUGAGGAGAAGUGGGACACUGGGACCGAACUGGCCUAGCCAUGCUGCUGAAGUCUUCUGAAACUCAAGGCCUUCAGGUUUAUGUGAUAUAUAGAGUAAAAGAAGCAGGAAAAAAAUGGGAUUGCUAUGCCAGAUAUUUUCAGAAAUAUGGAAUAUGUAAGGGAAGAAAUGAUUGAUAGAGUAGAAAUGUAUAGCUUGUGGUAAAUUCAGUCCUGGCAUCUCCAGGUCAGGCUGUGAGAGAGACCAGUCUGAAGUUCUAGAGAGCAACCAUCAGUCUCUGAGGUUCUUCCCCAGCAUAUUGCCUUCUGACGUGUUGGACCUCAACUCUUUCAAUUCUCAGCCACCUCAUGUUAAAAGGGACAUGGUUGAGGAAGAUUUUUGUAAAUAAUCAUGGGCUUGGAAAGCCUAUGUGCUUCCUAUGUGCACAUAUCAAGGGGACAUUGUUGCAUGGAAGUCUUAUAUAAGUCAUUUGGUCCUAGUGCCCUUACUCUUCUCAACCCAUAGUAGAAGCGGCCAGCCAACUCACCUCUAGACUUCCUCCCUUCCAUCUUUUAGAUUACUGAUGGCAGCAGAACAGAUGCAUUGACCACAGAGCAAAAUGCAGGUUCUGGAAAGACCCAUCUUCUACCUUGACUAAGUAGAGUGGAAGACUUCAAAGAAAGAUGCAAAAAGCAGCCAGCACUACAAAAUAGUUGGUACCCUGUCACUGCUUGUUUCUUUUACUUUGCUCCUACUGCACUUUCUCCUGAGAAAUGGCAAAGGAGAGGAGAGAAUUUCACACUGAACCCUGCCACCAGGACACUGCUGAGAUGGUCAAGCCAAAGUGAUCUAUUUCAUCCAGAAGGAAGGGAACACAUGGAACGUCAAGGUGUCAUUCUCAGAUAGCAUUAGGAGAUCAGCCAAUAUGUCCUUUAGAGAAACAGAAAGGGAGGGAGUGGGAGGGAGGGAGGGAAGAUGACAAGAAAAGGGGCUAACAGCACCCUCUAGGGCUUCGUGGUGCCAAUUGCAAGGUUUUGUCCUAAGAGCAAGGGGGAAAUAAAUCUGCCCCUGAGAAUGCAAAGCAUAAAAGCAAAACAGUUGAGCUUUGUUUUUAUACCUCUUGUGGCAGAGAGAGUCUCAGUCAUUUGGGAAGAUCUUGGUUAGCAAGUUGAAGGAAAUGCUGCAUGUCAAGUGUAAGAGAAGGUGUUCAAAAAAGAUAUCGAGAAGCUAUUAAGGCAGUUUUUUUCUCCCUGACCUAGGAAAUCACUGCUGCUGUUCACAGCUUAUGGAAGGAAAAGCAAAGCUUGGUCCAGGAAACGAAAAACAUGAAACUUAGCCUCAAGAAUUCUAGCUUCCUAUUUUAUUCCAGGAUCAAAGCCCCAUUUUUCCUUAAGUGAAGGAUUGGUAAAAAGGCAGCCACGAGGCUUCUAAAUAUUGACAGUGUAAAAUUUUCCUCUGUGUCUUCAGACUCUGUGUGUAAAUAGCAGCUGUGACUUUUGCUUCGAUGACUCUGCAACAGAAUGCACAUCCAUAACUACUUCCAAAUUGUUAAGUGGAUGAAUGCAAUUUGAUAGUAUAUUAUGAUACCUUUAGCCCUUUGCUUAUUUUCUAUUAUGGGACCAGCUCAUUUAUCAGACAUGCCUUAUUUCACAGAAAUAUAUCCCACAUGUUAAGGACACAUUGAAUAUUUGUAUGUUCCCUUCCCUGCUAACUUAUAGUGCAAUCCUAUACAUAUUGUCUCAGAAGCCCCCUCCCCACAUGUAGGUAUAUAAGAUUCCAUUCUGCAAUAUUCAUCCACUACUCUAAAGGAAGGCCAUACCUACUUGCAUACCACUACUCUCUCUAAAGAAAAGGCCAUACCUACUUGCACAUAUCUGAACUCAGUUUCUGCUGUAAGAAACUGCUAGAAAUCGCUAGGGCAGGAUUUACUGCUCUGUUUUCAUGAACAAAAUUAUUUCUUGGUUUAGAUCUGUCUAUACAGUUUCAGUUCAUGCAGUUUCAGUUCAUGCCACAGUUUUUCCAGGGUUAUCUUCCACAGAACAAUGGACCAAAGGAUGCUAGAAUAAGGAUGUUUAUCCUUAUUCUAGCAUGCUGAUGGGCUAAAUUCCUUAGGAUCACAAAAGAAAUGAGCAGUUGGAAAAAUGUAGUUAACUAAGGCUGCAAUUCUGUAUAGGUAGUCGUCAGUAAACAAACUGCCUUGUUUAGCCACCAUUCGUAAGUAAUGACGGUGAUGGAAAAGUUACUCAUAAAGUAACUUUAUGAUCAAUCCUUGCAUUGAUUGAUCUUUGCAAAUCUGUAAAGCAAAAGAAAGAUUGUAAGCAUAGUUGCAGUUCCACUUACUGUCCACUUUGCCUAAUGGCCAAGUUGCUAGUCCCAGUUGUGGUAUGUGAACAAGGUCUACUAUGUACACUUUGCUGGGAGUAAGACCCUUUGAAAACCAAAAGACUUAGUGCAAGGAGACAAAUGUAAAAUUGUACUACAAAUAUUGAAAAUUAUGUAUUUAGGAGCCUUGGGGGCAAUUCACACCUUUUUUGACUUGUGAGUCGUCUUAUUUCUGAAUGUAUCACUGAGAACAUGUACGGCUUGCUGUAUCCCUUCACCUGAUACUGUUUGCAUCAGCACCAUGCCAUACACCUAUAUAAAAGCUCCAAAAUAAAUCAGACAUUAGCCCAUAUAGCCUGGUUAUCAAUCAUGCAUUAUUUUGGAAUUAAACUCUUCGUUAUGCUGAAAUAUA